UGGCGGAAGUGUUUGAUAGGUUUUUCUUGUAGUUCAUUUAAAUCGCCAUGUGGGUGUAAUUGUCACGCUUUUGCUCGAACUGUGCUGUUCAAAACCAUCAAAAUGGGUAAAAAGGGUAAAAAAGAAAAGAAAGUGAAAGGAGCGGAGAAAACCGCCGCCAAAAUGGAAAAGAAAGUGUCCAAAAGGUCGAAAAGAGAAGAGGAGGAUUUGGAGGCUUUAAUCGCCGAAUUUCAGUCUCUGGACGCGAAAAAGACGCAAGUGGUGGAGACUGCGUGCGCGCCUCCGUCUCCCAGGUUGAAUGCCUCACUGUGCGCCCAUCCUGAAAAAGACGAGCUCAUUUUAUUUGGAGGGGAAUUUUUCAAUGGAAAGAAAACGUUUUUGUACAAUGAAUUAUACUUCUGCAAUAUAAAGAAAAACAGCUGGGUAAAAGCAGAUGUCCCGAAUCCUCCUCCACGUCGCUGUGCUCAACAGGCAGUGGUGGUUCCCCAGGGUGGGGGACAGAUGUGGGUGUUUGGGGGUGAGUUUGCGUCCCCUGAUGGAGAGCAGUUUUAUCACUAUAAAGAUCUGUGGGUGCUUCACCUGGGGACACGCACAUGGGAGCAAAUCAAAGCUCCUGGUGCUCCGUCUGGCAGGAGUGGACAUCGUAUGGUCCUCAGCAAACGGCAGCUGCUUGUGUUCGGAGGCUUCCACGAGAGCACAAGGGAUUACAUCUAUUACAAUGAUGUUCACGCGUUUAACCUGGACACGUUCACAUGGAGUCGUCUCCAGCCUACAGGAACUGGCCCUUGUCCACGAUCAGCCUGUCAAAUGACCCCCACUCCUGACGGCAAUGGUGUCAUUAUCUACGGUGGAUACUCUAAAGCUAGAGCGAAGAAGGAUGUGGAUAAAGGAACCAUCCAUUCUGACAUGUUCCUGCUGAGGAGGGAGGGCAAAGAGGAGCAAGAGAAGUGGACGUGGACGCGAGUGAACCCUUCCGGAGUGAAGCCUCCUCCUCGGUCCGGCUUCUCUCUAGCGGUGGGCCCCGGGGGGCGAGCGCUGCUCUUCGGUGGUGUCUGUGAUGAGGAGGACGAGGAGUCUCUGGAAGGAGACUUUUUUAACGACCUUUACUUUUAUGACAUCAACAAAAACCGCUGGUUUCCUGCUCAGCUUAAGGGCAACAAGUCAGAAAAGAAAAAGAGGCGCCGUGGGAAGAAGACAGAGCAGAUGAAUGAAACUGAAGCGGAGAAAGAGGAGGCACAGGGUCCCACAGAGAUUAUUAAAGAGAUCGUUGCUGAGGAUGGAACGGUUAUGACUAUCAAGGAAGUGAUUCCAGCCACUCAGGCAGAGGAGGACAGUGAGGAUGAGGAGGAUGAAGAGGUGGAGGAGGAGGCGGCUGCUGCAGCUCUCUCGGUGGAGCCCUGUCCUCGCUCCAACGCCAUGGCAACGGUGAAGCAUGGCAAGUUGUUCUUGUACGGGGGAAUGUUUGAGGUGGGAGAUCGACAGUUCACACUCAGCGACCUCUACAGCCUAGACCUGCACAAGAUGGAGCAGUGGGACGUCCUAGUGGAGAUGGACCCCAAGACUCAGGAGUGGCUGGAAGAAUCCGAAUCAGAUGAUGAAAAAGAAGAAGAGGGCGCAAAGGGUGGUGAUGAUGAGGAAGAUGAUGAAGACGAGGAGGAAUCUGAUGAAGAGAGUGAAGAAGAUGCGGACCAUCCACCUGUAAAGGCCGGAGAAGCGCUCGCGGAUUAUCAGGCACGGACUGAGAAGUACUGGAUGGGUUUGGCUCGAGCCAACAUGGGUCCUGAUGCCAAAGAGAAGAAAGUACAAAAGGUCGGCCACGCCAUGGCCAAGGUGUUCUUUGAGGAUCAGGAAUGAGAUUAUGCAUGUGUGAGGAGAUAAUUAUAAGGUUUGUUUGUUUGUUUGUGAGAGAGAAUCCUUAUGUAUUAGUAAGCUGCGUGGGUGCAAAAGUGAGCAAAUGGAUGUGUGUUGGAGUCAUUAUGAAAAGCUAAAACGCUUUUAUCGAUAUAAUGUUUAAACAUGGCCUUACUCUUUUUCUUA